AUGUACUUUUCGCCCGUGCCCGCUCACGGCAGGCCACCAGGGCAGGCUCUGCGCGCGCACACAGGCACGCUUGUCGGCGACCGCAUCUGGUUCUUGGGCGGUGUGGACGCACGCUCGUGCUGGCGCGGCGUCGCCAGCUUUGACACAGAGUCAUUGCAAUGGAGCACGAUCGAGACACACGGCCAGGCUCUGCCACCAUUACGUGCGCACACGACGACCCUGGUUGGCGACCAGCUGUACAUAUUCGGUGGAGGCGAUGGCCCGACGUACUCGAAUGAUGUGUGGGUGUUUGACACCAUUACACAUCGUUUCUCCAAGCCACAUAUCGUGACGCCCAAAGCCAGCCUUCCUCCUCCGCGUCGUGCGCACACGACCGUGCUGUACAGACACUUCCUUGUCGUUUUCGGCGGUGGCAACGGUCAAGCUGCGCUCAACGACGUUUGGGCGUUGGACGUGAGCGAUCCAAGUCGCCUGACGUGGCAAGAGUGGCGCACGCGUGGGGAUGUUCCACAGAAGAAGGGCUACCACACGGCCAAUUUGGUUGGCGACAAGAUGAUUGUCUUUGGCGGAAGCGAUGGGCACGCGAGCUUUGCCGAUGUGCAUGUGCUGAACCUGCAAACCAUGACUUGGACACUUGUGCCUACCGAGGUCAAGCACAAUCGGCUGUCGCACACGGCAACGCAGGUUGGCUCGUAUCUCUUCGUUAUCGGCGGGCACAACGGCCAGACGUACGCACAGGACGUGUUGUUAUUCAACCUAACAACACUGGCGUGGGAGUCCAAGGUGCCAAAGGGUGUGCCGCCUCCUGGGCGGGGCUAUCACGUCGCGGUCCUGCACGAUGCGCGCAUCUUCAUUUCUGGCGGCUACAACGGUGUAGCCGUCUUUGACGACCUCUGGACUCUUGAUCUUGGCGCGGGGGCGUAUCUGCCGCAGGUGACGACAUUCGAGGUCAACGAACAGUCGGACCACCUGCGCAUGAUGAGCCCUGUGCCCACGAAGAACGGCCCGAGCGGCGCGGGUGGCCGCAUCUAG